AUGUCAAGAUCUCGUAGAGGACGUAAAAAUAAAAGAUUGGAAGUUGUUAACUCAUUUGAAAAUCCAAAUUUUAACAGCAUAUUAUGUAAUCAACAAUGGCAUCAAUUUCAAACAGAGUUUGUUGCCGGGCAUAAUAUUAUACUCAACGAUGACAAUCAGCUUCAUCAUCAACCUGCUGGCAAUGAUGACAAUAAUAAUAAUUUGAUGCUUAGUGAGGAUCCAAAUUUAGUGCUGAAUGAUUGUUAUCCUUUAUUUAUUUUUGAUACAAAUUAUAUUAUCUUUUAA